GUUUUGGAUUUCUAAAUUGUUAAAUAAAAUCUAAUUCCUGUAUGCAAGAAUGUGAACAUCCUAAUCCCCUUGAUCAAUGGGAUUGAUUACAAAAGGGUUGUUGGUUUCAAAGUCUGGUGAUUAGAUGAUGUGGAUAUGAGGAUGUUGUAACUCAGAUAUGCUUCUUUCACAGGCUGUGUAAGAGUCAAGACCUGAAAAAUGGCAUUGGCAGCAAUUGAUCCACAGCAGAACAUUGUAUCAAGGGUUGUCAACCUUCCAUUGGUGAGCUCCACCUAUGAUAUGGUGUCCACAGCUUACAUCACCACAAAGGAUAACCAUCCUUAUCUGAAGUCAGUAUGUGAGAUAGCAGAGAAAGGAGUGAAGACAAUUACUUCGGUAGCCAUGACAAGUGCUAUGCCUAUCAUCCAAAAACUGGAACCACAAAUUGUAGUUGCCAACAACUAUGCGUGUAUAGGUCUAGACAAAAUUGAAGAGAGACUGCCUAUACUGAAUCAACCCACUGACAAGGUUGUUGCCAAUGCUAAGGAUGUAGUUGUUGGAGCCAGAGAAGCUGUAACAACCACUGUGACUGGUGCCAAGGAAACAGUUGCUCACACGAUCACUGGAGUUGUGGGCAAGACUAAAGAAGCAAUGCAAGACAGCGUAGAAAUGACCAAGUCAGUUGUCAAUGGCAGCAUUAACACUGUCCUGGGAAGUCGUGUGGUGCAAAUGGUGAGCAGUGGAGUGGACAGUGCUCUCACUAAAUCAGAGACCCUUGUAGACCAGUAUCUCCCACUUACAGAAGCAGAACUAGAGAAAGAAGCUGCAAAAGUUGAAGGUUUUGAAGUUGGAGUUCAAAAGCCAAGCUACUACGUUAGACUGGGAUCUCUGUCUUCAAAGGUCCGCACACGUGCCUAUCAACAAGCCUUAAACAAAGUUAGAGAUGCUAAACAGAAAAGCCAGGAGACAAUCUCUCGGCUCCAUCACACUGUUAGUCUGAUCGAGUAUGCCAGAAAGAACAUGAAUAGUGCCAAUCAGAAACUUCUUGAUGCUCAGGAAAAGCUUUAUCAAUCCUGGGUAGAAUGGAAGAAAAAUACAGGCCAAAAUGAGGCUGAUGAACUGCAUAGCGCUGAGCACAUUGAGUCAAGAACUCUAGCUAUUGCACGGAGCCUCACUCAGCAGCUUCAGACCACCUGCCUCACACUGGUCUCAAGCCUACAGGGGCUGCCACAGAAUGUGCAGGAUCAGGUUUACAGUGUUGGGUCAAUGGCAGGUGAUGUCUACCAGAGCUUUUGGUCAGCAUCCUCCUUCCAAGAAUUAUCAGACAGCUUUCUUACCACUAGCAAAGGACAGCUGAAGAAAAUGAAGGAGUCUCUGGAUGAUGUGAUGGAUUAUCUUGUUAACAACACGCCGCUCAACUGGCUGGUUCCAGAUUUCACUAUUACAGACCUGUCUUCAGAGUCAGAUGAUAUCCCAGACAUUUUGGAUUUGGAUGAAGACGAUCAACAAGACUUUUCACGCACAAAUGGCCCUUACACUACAGGGCAAAGAGCUGAAUAAAGAGAAGCAUAAAAAUGUCUUUUUGAUACAAUGUACUUUUGCCAUGUUUAACUUAGAUUUCUCCUUUUUAAAGAUGAACCUGCCUAGCUUAGGGAUUUUGGGGAUAUUUUUUUUUAAUCACUAUUGUUUCACUUAGCUGUAUCAAAAUUCUGAUUUUUUUCUACCUAACAAAUGCAUGCUACAUUAAUUCAUUGGCAUGGGUGUCAAGCUCCCAUUCUACAAGCCAGGUAUAGCCUAGCCAGUGUAUCCAACUGAUGUAAUCUUUGUUAGUGAUUUGUUCUCCUGCUGGCAGCAGCCAUGAGAACACUCCAGUGCUUUGCGUAAAAGGCUGCCAACAAAAGGAGUUGACGAGGAUUUCCCCACAAAAUUUCCCCUUUCAGUCUACAUGGAAAGCACUUCUGCAUCUACCUCUUUUCUGCUGGAAGGGGUAAGUGACUUUGUCUCAGAUUCUCUCAGGUUCUUUUUUUUAGGCUCUGUACCUACAGAGCUUAGAAGCUUAGAGCUUCCCUUUGGCAAGAGCGCUUUAUGCACAAAAGGACUCCCUUUCUCUCUACAUGCCUUCUGUGUGCAAAAAUUCUGGCCAUCCUGAUGCUAUCAGUUGUGGGGCCUGAGAUUAGAAGAGGGUACAUACUUAAAAAGCAAAGUUUUCCAGGAAUAAGGAUGACAGUUAAAAAAGAAAGGGGAAGAGACUGAAAAAAGUAAGGCAAAAUGGAGGGCAAAGAGAUACAGACAGAUGUGGGACAAAAGAAAAUUGCAAAAAAAGAGAAUUUAAGGUAGGUAUACUUCUGGUGACAGUGAUGACCUUUUUAUGUUUAAAUAAAAUCUCAGUCAAAUAUUUGCUAAGGAAUGUCGAAUCCGCAUUUGCUCGCACACAGUGACUUCUGUAGGAGUUGGGGUGAAUGGGAACUGGACUGGAAGCAGGCUUGUUACAUUUCUUUCUGAGGAUCAGGCUGAACAACUCCCGCAGAGAUCUCCUCGAUGCCGCCGGGGUGACUGCAGCAAGUCCGGAGAUGUCGCACGGUGCCACUUUUGCACAGCCGCGGAAACGUUACUCGGCAGUCGGUACAGCUGUGAGGUCGGCACCUCUGCUCUCCCGUCAUGUAACGCUUGGUUGUUGUGAAAACUUUGAAGUCCAGUCACUGAAAUGCCUUGGAAUAAAAGUUUGAACCGCACAGCCUGCCGCCGG